UGACAACGACUGUCACCCCGCGUCACGAUGAAUCAUCAAAUGGAACCGAUCAAGAAAUCGAAAAUAGUCAAUUUGGUGUUGACCGCGAUCUCGGUCCACCUGCUCCUCCUCGUAGCCAUCAUGGACGUCCAUUUCAAGAGCCCCUUGGAAGUAGGCCUGGCUCCCGUCAAAUCCACAGACUACCCUCCUGCCAAGCGACUGGUGAUCUUCAUAGCCGACGGACUCAGAGCCCAGGCCGUCUUCGACUCCAACCAGAACUCCACCACGUAUCUCACCUCCGUCAGGACGACCAGGGGAUCCUGGGGAGUCUCCCAUACCCGGGUACCCACGGAGAGUCGACCGAACCACGUCGCCAUCCUUGGAGGCAUCUACGAGGACCCCAGCGCCGUCUACAAGAGCUGGAAGAAGUUCCCCAUCGACUUCGACACGGUCUUCAACGAGAGCAGGAACUCUUGGGUGAUAGGAACGGAGGAGAUCACCUCCAUCUUCAACAAGAACGCGCAGAACAACGUGAAACUCUUAGCUUCACCGCCGGAACUGCUGGAUUACAAGAGGGAGAACCACCAGGUGCUGGACGAGUGGGUUUUCAAGGAGAUGACGUCGUUGCUGAAGAAUUCCGGGAAGACGGGAGCUCUCCAGGAGUCCGGCAUCAUUUUCUCCCUCCAUUUGUCAGGUUUGGACAUGACUGGGCAUUCUAAGAAGCCCUAUUCGGAAGAGUACUUCAGGAACAUCAGGUACGUGGAUAGGAUGGUGCAGAAGAUCGAGGGUUUGGUCAACAAGACCUUCCCGGAUAAUUUGACAGCGUUUAUCUUCACCUCCGAUCACGGUAUGACAGAUUGGGGUUCCCACGGUUCGGGAUCCGACCACGAGACCUUCACACCUGUGAUAGCCUGGGGGGCUGGUGUGCGAAGAAACAAGGACCGCGUGGACAUUCAACAGAUUGACAUCGCACCCCUCAUAUCCUCCAUUUUAGGGCUGAACUACCCGGUGAAUUCUCUUGGGAGAGUACCAAUCCAAUACUUGAACACAUCCGAGGAUGCGGCCGUAGAAGUGUCGCUGAACAACCUGAAGCAACUGUACAGGAUACUGGAGGUGAAGCAGAACCGCAUAGUGAACAACAAGUUCCUGUUUUUCCACAGGAGAUCCCAUCUGACUCCGGAGAAUUUCAAUAGGACCAUCUCUGAGAUCGCGGAAAGAUCCGUGAAUUCCACGGCUGGUAGGAAAGAAGCCCUCAUCGAAUCCAGGAUGUUGUUCGAUAAGAUCGUGCGGGAGAUUGAGUAUUUCGAUAAUUAUUUCAUGGUCACCUUGAUCUCUUCCGUUUCCAUGGGUUUCUUCCUGUGGAUACUGUACGUGUGCACCUUCUUCGUUCCGGAUUUUGCCGUACCCAAGCUGGAAACCAAUGAGAUAAGGAUACAAGGUGGGAUAUUCUUGGUGUCCAGCUUCUUCCUCGUUAUGCUGUGCUACUCCCAGUCCUUCAAUUUCUCCUAUUACUUCUACAUCCUCUUCCCGAACGUCAUGCUUCAUUUGCUGCUUAGGAAACGUAAGAAACUGUCCUAUUUAUUCAGGGAACUUGGGGAGAUUUCCCUGUUGGAAUGUAUCCAGAUCUCCCUCACAGGCAUGUUCGUUAUGGUCGCUGUGAUAUCCUUCUAUUACCGUUUCUGCUUCUCCAUCGUCAUGGUCUUAGUGUCUUGUUCUAUGUUUUUAUCCCAGGCCGACACCGAUAGCGUCCACAUCCUCUCUUGGAUGGUUUUAUGUUUGAUCCUUUCCAUCUUCCCUUUGCUCCCAGUCAUGGUCACCAAGUUCCACGUGGUCUAUUUCGUCAUCGGCUACGUCCUGUGGCAGUAUCUAAACUUUUGCGUUUUCACCAAGAAAUGGUUCAGACUCAGAGACGGCCCAGACGCUACAACCACCCAGAAAAUCAUUUUUUUGAUACAGAACAUCUGUUUGAACGUCGGCUUCGUCAUGGUUCUAUCCAACCAAGACGCCGCGGAGUUUUCAUCGGGUGUUAAAGCUACCGCCUGGUUGGUGUUCCUUCUACCGAUUUGUCUGGUACCGUUCUCGAUGACCGAGAAGAACUUGAGGCUCUUCACCGUCUUCUCGGCCUUCAUACCGUUUUAUCUGAUCACCUCCAUGUGUUACGAACUGAUCUUUAUGUCGUUCUACGCCGUUCAGUUGAUCCUGUGGAUGAACAUGGAGAAGAAGGUGGCGGUAGAAGACGCGGACAUGUUGGAGAAUCUCCAGAAGAGCUUGAUUCUGGUGGCGUUGAUCUUCAUCGGGUACUUUGGGCCCGGGAACAUACCCACGUUGAACUCCUUCGAUCCUAUGUGGGUCAAAUUUCUUCUUUCCUCCUUCUGUCCCUUCACCAUAGCCGUGCUGAUCUUCCUCAAGCUCACCUUGCCUUUCUUAUACGCCACCUGCGUGUUUAGGAACGUUGUGUUGGCGAGAAAGUUGAACCUGACGAGAUGUUUCUGCAUCAUCCUCCUGAUUUCGGACGUGAUGGUCUUCUAUUUCAUGUUCAACGUGACCAACGAGGGUUCUUGGGCCGAGAUUGGGUUGAGUUUGUCGUAUUUCAUCGUCGUGGAGUGUUUCACGAUAGUUAUUCUGUGUUUGUAUUUCGUGGCUUACGUGCUGACGAGCGUGGAGGCUUCCUUUGAAAUGCUGGAGGAACUGAUGCGCAAAUUCCAACUGCCUACUUGAUGUACUUCGAUUUUUUGUACGUAGCUUUAACGAA